CAGUUUUUCCAGCGAAGAUUCAGAUUAUUAAACAUUUUUGUCCAGACUCAAACGACCUAUUCAGCUGUCUAUCCUUUGAUCGCUUUUGGCCGUAUCUAUCCUUUAGCGCAUCUAUCCUUUGAUGCAUCUAUCCUUUGAUAGUUUUUGCCCGUAUCUAUCCUUUAGCGCAUCUAUCCUUUAAUUCAUCUAUCCUUUGUAGGGGAGCCCUUUUUUUAUAAAUUAAUUUUUUUUUAAUUAAGCUAUUUUUAUAUUUUUUUGGUAUGCGGCUGCUUGUUGGUCGUAUAUUAAAAUAUUCCCUAGUCGGUCUCACUACAGGAACCUCAAUUUAUUAUCUCCACAAAAAUGAUUAUUCUUUCUCACAUAUUGGAAUUGUUAGAUUUGCUCGAGUUGGAGUUGCUAGCCAAACAAUGAUUGACUACAAAUGGAGUCUUUGGAGUUUGGAAGUUGAUUCUCCAAUUUAUGACGAAAAAAUACAAAAAUGCCAUCAACGCGGAGCUGAUAGAUUGCUUGCUUUAGCGAGGAGAAAUGGAGGAGUUUUUAUUAAGGUAGGACAACACAUUGCUUCGCUUCAAUAUUUGCUACCCGAGCCUUACACAAAAACUCUUUCAGUUCUUCAUUCAAAUGCUCCAGAAAGCUCUUUUGAAGAAAUUAAAUCUGUUUUUGAGAGGAGCACUUCGAGAAAUCUCAACGAUGUCUUUGAUGAAUUUAAUUCUCAACCCUGUGGAGCAGCUUCACUUGCUCAAGUUCACAAAGCUCGUCUAAAAUCCACCGGUGAAUACGUUGCUGUCAAACUUCAACACCCCCAUGUUAGAGCGCGUAGUAUUGUUGAUAUAUUAUUUGUUGGAAUUGCUGCUUUUGUAUUCCCAAAUCUUCGUUUAAAUUGGUUAGUUAAUGAAAUGAAAAGGAAUUUACCUAUUGAAUUGGAUUUUGUUUAUGAGGCUGCUAAUGCUGACAGAGUUAGGCAAAUGUUUGCACAUCUGCCGUUUUUAAAGAUCCCAAAAAUAUAUUACGAACUUUCAAAUGAUAUGGUUCUCACUAUGGAAUUCUGUGAAGGUGGAAAAAUUAAUGAUUUGGAAUAUUUCAAAGCUAAUAGAAUAGAUAGGCAUAAAGUCUGUAAAAUGUUGGGUAGAAUUUACAGCGAAAUGAUAUUUAAACAUGGAUAUGUCCACAGCGAUCCACACCCUGGCAAUAUUUUUGUGAGAUUAACUCCUGUCGGGAAUGAAGAAAUUAUUUUACUCGAUCACGGACUUUACGUUGUAAGUUUUCUUGUAAUAUUAAAGGCCUUUCGAAAAAUAUAUGUCGAGAGAGAAAAAAAAAUUCUCAAUGAGACGUUUACUCUACCAGAUGAUUUACGCAUUGAUUAUGCCCAUCUUUGGCUUGCAAUUUUAAAGGCUGACAAGAAUAAAAUCCAAAAAAUCAGUGAAAGAAUGAAUGUUGGUUCUCAAUAUGGCCUUUUAGCAUGUGUUGUUUCUAUGCGUUCUUGGGAUGCUGUUAGUAAAGGAAUUAUUAAAACAAAAAGAAAUGAACAUGAGAUUAGAAGAGUUCAAAAUUUUGCUGCUUCUUUAAUUCCUCAAAUAUCUUUACUGCUUGACUCCCUCCCUCGUCAAAUGUUACUUUUACUAAAAACUAAUGAUUUGCUCAGAAGUAUAGCUCUUAGAUUAAAAGCCGAACAUAAUUUGGAUAGUUUUACCGAGAUGUCAAAACAUUGUGUUCAAGCUGUUUACUUUCACUCAAUAGCCAAUAGUCAUUUUGCAUUAGAACGUUUUAGGCUUCGUUUAAAAAUGUAUACUUUACUUGUUGGAAUUAGGUUAUACGAAAUUUAUUUGUUUAUAUAUUGUUUAUUUCUCAAAACAUAA